AAAAGCGAGAAACUUUAGAGAAAACAAUGGACCUGAGAGUUUGUUCGAAAAAAAAAACGAAAAGGGAUGUGACCAAAUCCGUGGAGUCCAGUGACUUUGAGACCUCUACCGUUAACUCCCAGGUCGGCAAUGGAUGCAACGAAGUCUUGAACCGGAAGCGCAAACUGAAACAAAAGCCGGCGGAGGUUGCUUCCGAUGUGGAAGUUGACUCGGACGGUUCGAGAGAGGCGAGGAUUGGGUAUCUGUCCUCCCUCAAAGCUUCGGCAUCAACAGAUUCUUCGCAUCUUAAGGUCUUCCUCGCUAAAGUAUAUGAACUUUUUUGGUCUCAACCGCCGGCCCUGAUGUGUAAGUUAACUGAAUAUUUUGCGAUUGCUCUUUCCCAAGUGUCUUUUCGAUGGGUGGAGAUGUUCAAGGGGGCUCCUUUUUCCAUGCUGAUCGAUGUUCCUUUAUGUUAUAUUCCUGAACCUCUCUACGAAACAUCAGUCCAUUGGAUCAAACAACGUGAUUUUGAUAAACUCUCAGCCUAUGUACUGUGGGCCUCUACACGUAUUCUCAAAGAUUUGCCACAACAACAUACGUCUUCCACAUCCCAGUUGGAAUUCUUUGUUGUUUUAGCAAUGGUUCUGCGUACUAGACCUGAUACUUUGAUUAGAGUAUCAUAUCAGUUGCGAACUAGACCUAUUUGGCAAGGACAGGACGCUCUUCUGGUCUUAGUUUGGACGAUGGCUCAGGCCUCCCAAGUUGAUUUAUCUGUUGGCUUGUAUUCAUGGGCCAAUAACUUGUUACCUCUAGUUGGUAAUAUCAAGUGCUGCAGCCCUCAGUCAGUGGAUCUCAUCCUGCAAUCUGUUGAGAACAUAUUGUCUAAUCCAGAGGCUGAGACCAUACUUGUAAAUGGAGUUGUUAGGGAUGGAGAUUGGCUUAUACCACCUACUUCAUUUGAGAUCUUGGUGCGGCUUACAUUCCCUCUAUCAUCAGAAAGAGUAAAGACCACUGAGAGGUUUGAGGCCAUUUAUCCGUUGUUGAAGAAAGUAGCUCUCGCACCAGGUUGCAACGCAAUGGAAGAGAUCUUCGAAUUGUCUUUGAAAUUAUUAGUUGUAGAAGGAAAUCCUGUUUUAGCCAAGGAAGCUACAGAAAUCGCUAUCUGGCUUUUGACCGAAAACGCUGAUUGCUUUGAGCAAUGGGAGAUUCUCUAUAAGGAGAAUCUAGAAGCUAGUGUUGCUCUUCUUAAAAAGCUUGUAGAGGAAUGGAAGGAUCAUUCUCUCAAACUAAUAUCAACACCGAGUGAUACUCUCACCCUCAAUCGAGCCAUGACGAGCUUCAGGCUAGAGAGCAAAAAUGCCAUCAGCGAAGGAGCGGCCAAUCCUUCUCUUUACAAGGAAGCUGACAAGUCUUGCAAUGUGAUCCUGAGGAGACUUGAACGUACAACAGUCACUACUGCUAUGCUUCUAGCCGCUGCAGGAGCUACUACUGCUGCUACUGCACUUAUUCUAUCUUUCCGGUAGCGUGACGAGGGUUUGGUUUUUAGAAUCACGAAGUUAGGAUUUGAGAGUGUAUAAAGGUCGGAAGUUUGUAGGUGGCGGACCCACCUUAGGAGAAGGGGUGUCACUUGACCCACCCUAAAUUAUAUAAUUGAAAAUUUUAAGCUUUAAGUCAGUAAAAUUAUUUGGCUAA